AUGACACCGCCAUCCCCCUCAUACACCAAGGUCAUUCACUCCUCUACAUAUGCUGGUAUCAAUCCAACUCAGCCCGGCCUCUCCACUGCAGACAAGGUUGUGUUGAUCACUGGUGCAUCUGGCGGCAUAGGAAGGGCCACAGCUUCAUCCUUUGCUGCAUCCGGUCCCCGAGCCAUCAUCCUUCUCGGUCGACGCGCCGACGCCCUGGGGGAAACUGCCACGAUAGUCCGCACCAGCAACGCAGAAGUGAAAAUUCAAACUCACGAGGCUGAGCUGUGCGAUGCUUCAAGCGUACGAAAUGUCAUGAAUACGGUGGCUGCCGAAUUUGGUGGCAUCGACAUCCUUGUUCACUGUGCCGGCGUCCUAGCCCCCGUUGUUCCACUUCUGGAAAUUGAUCCGAAUACUUUUUUGGAUGGCUACAAGACUACCGUUAUUGGUACGCUGGCGACAGCACAGGCUAUAGUCCUGGCAAACAAGAUAGUCAGCCCCAACGAGGACAAACCGGUGACCUUCAUCAAUCUGACUACGGCGGGCAUCAUCUUUCCUCCGUUCACCGGCAUGGGUGCCUAUGUGAGCAGUAAGAUGGCCGCCGUCAAGGUCUUAGAGUCCUUUGCUACUGAGAACCCCCAAGUGCGUCUGCACAAUGUACAUCCCGGAUUCCUCGAAACGGCUAUGUCUGCUAAGCUGUCGGAGUCAAUUAACUUGCCAUUUGCCUUUGAUGAAAUCUCUCUUCCCGCCGAUUUCCUUGUCUGGAUUGUCUCACCCGAAGCGGAAUUCCUGAGAAACAAGAUUGUCUUCGCCGCUUGGGACGUUGAUGAGCUCAAGGAUCGCAAGAGGGAAAUUAUUGGUGGCCCACCAGGAACUGGUGAGCUUUGGCUCGGCUAUCAAGGGUUCCCGCGAUAUAUGGGUGGUCAGCCUUUGCCAGGCACCCAGUAG